AUAUAAAAAUUAUUCAACAAAAAGUGUUGGUAAGCACUAGAAUAAGUGAUAGACGUGGGUGAAAUUCUUGUCAAAGUCUUUUCCUAGUUUUUGGUUCUGCCUAAUUUCAGGUGAGCUUUACCAUGACGAGAAGCAGACAAAGCCCCGUGAUAAAUAAUUACUGGGACUUCCAUGAAGAGGGCAUUGGGGUGGACCCUACUGAGUAAUGCUGUGGAGGACAGCCCAACGUCAUUUCUCCCGUAACUUAGCCACAUAUUAUCUGAAGUUCUGAUAGGGUUUAGAAAACAGUCUUAAUUUUAUUUACAAACGACAUAUGGAAAUGAAAAGGUCUGGAGUGGAAGAGAGUGUAGGCGGAAGAACGUUACCAGAUAAUUCUAUACAGGUGCUUUGGGGCAAUCGCUUUCCCCACCCCAGGAUUUUCCUCCUGUCCUGGUCAGGAUAGAAGCAGAAAUAAGCUUCCAUUUUUUGGGUCCCUGGCACUAAAAGUAUCCCCUCAUACUCUGACAACAACUCGUGAAGUAAAUAUAAUUAUCCCUUUACAGAAGAGAUACACUCAAAAGUUCACACUGAUAAGUGAUGGCAGCAGAAUUGAAACCAAGAUCUCUGUGACAAAAUUCCCCGGCCUCCAGUUAGAGUAACCAGUUCCAAGCCCUACUCCUCCACAUGGGCAUCUUUCUAUGAACUUUAGCAAGAUACGUUGUGUCCUAUUGUUUUAUCAUUAAGGCUGGGUGAAUAGAAUCGACAGAUACAUUUGCUAUGAGGGUGAACUAGGAUAAAGAUAUAUGCCAAGUACUUAGCACAGAGCUUUGCAGAGAGCUCUCUCUCCAUGAGCAAUCACUAUUAUUGCUGUGACUAUUAUGUUGUAAUUACUUUUGAAGUCAUGAUGCCAGGCUUUCAAAACACAACACGAUUUCAUUCAACCGUGCUAUAGGUAUUAAAGUGCUACCAUGAGCAGGUUACUAUUACGACACUUUUGAGCUCCCCACGAAAUACUCGUCUGGAAGCAGGCAAAAAAUCGUGUGAAAGUGAAUAUGUAAUGGUUUAAUGACCACACAGGAAAUUCUUCAGACUUGAGGGUAAGACCUUAGUAUUUAAGCCUUUAACUGGCUUAUUUGCUGAAAUACACACAAAAUUGUUUUAGACCCUUUCUUAUAUCUCAGUUAAACUGAACGCGAGCAGAGGCACGCAUGUGCAAGUUCACGCACAGCCUGGAAAUGCUGCUGGGGAGGUAACCCUUCUGGCGUUUCCAGGAUAGAUCGAUUUGGCCACAGUCUAGAGAGCCUCUCCAUAUACUUGGGCACCUCACCGAAAGCGAGCACAUGGGCAUGUUGUUGUUGUUUUUGUUAUUUUCCUCCCAUGAUAAAUAUCAUUCUUUCCCAUGGUCUCUGAUUUCCUCUGGCGGAAAGACAUCACUAACACUGUCGAUACAGACAGCAAGCUGUCAUAGAACCACAAAGUGUAUGAGGUUCGUCUUUCUCUAUGUCCCACUUCUACUUUAUUUAAAGACAGAAGUUUGAUACGUUCUCACAAAUCUCUGGAGACUGCUACCCAUGUUGUUCUGCCACAUCCAGACACCUGCCUGCCAAGGCACUGAAGAGUGCUUUCUGACUCCAGCUGAAAAGGGGAAAGAGAGAGGUAUACAAGGAGAUAAUUCUUGCCUAUAAAAAACGAGUUGACUUUUCCAAAUGAAAUCUAAAAUUGGCCAUUGUCAUUGUGCGAUAUUAACACCAGCUCUUUUGGCAAGUUUGAAAAUACUGGGCUCCAUUAUAAAAGCUAAAAAUGUCCUGGACCUGGAGUUGUUUACCCAGAGUAUGAGCGGCUCUAAAGUUACAGAGCUCUGGUUGGAAGAGUGGCUUGAAGGCCGCCUCCAAGUAACUGACGUCACAGUAGUCUCAGCUGCUGCUGUGACACUGAGCUGAGCAGCUUUUUGAUUUGUGAAAGGGGUGAAGGUUUCAAAGGGACUUGUCAGUACUGCUCUGUUGAAUGGUUGGACGGAUUUUGCAUUCCCAUUUCUUGCAAAGAAGCAAGAUUCACCGAGCCGAGGCUUUCGUCUUUAAAAAAACAAAAACAAAAACAAAAAAACUAGCUAUCCUUCCAUUGCUAGAUUGACCAGUGGUGGAACAUCCCUAGGAUUUCUCCCCAGAGCAAAAAGCUUUGCCAUGAAGUAAAGCUUCGGAGGAAAAUCAACAUGAAUGAACGUGCCAAGAUCAUCAGUCAUGAUCGCGAGAAAGCAAGUCAAGAUCGAGUGCUGGAAUCUUCUCCAAAUUACCCCAAUUCAGGGCGAUGUGAAUUUACAGGGAUGAAUCACAGGGAUGGUCGGGAAAAAGAAAAUAAAACAGAGCAGAGCUUACUCUGUGAAGGAAAUCAAAUGUGUAAAGAACCAAAAGCAACAAAAAAAUCGAAAGUAGGGUUUACGGAUCCUUUGGCCACAAAUAACCAAAAAGAAUGUGAGGCCUGCCCUGGUCUGAGGACUUUGAGGGAAGAAAGCAGGAGCUGCUCUGGGGCCCUCAACUUGGCUCUUGAAGAACUUGCCAAAGUUAGUGAAGAAUUAUGCAACUUUCAAGAGGAAAUCCGAAAGCGGUCUAACCACAGAAGGAUGAAGUCAGAUUCUUUUCUUCAGGAAAUGCCAAAUGUGAUUAAUAUGCCUCAGAGAGACCACAUGAGCAAGGAUGGCCAGGGCAUUCUUCCCAUCAAUUUAGAAAAAGAAACACAGAAAAAUAGAAAGGAUCUAAGCACCAACGUGCUCCAAAGUAAUUCUAUGAAAAGACAUGAACUUGAUACAAUUGAUCUGCAAAGAAAUGAAAUUCCACCACUUCCUCCUCCAAGAAGCACAUCUCGAAAUUUUCCCAGCUCAUAUUCUGAACAAGCUCAGGAAAGUUUGAAGGAAGGUUUAAACCACAACAGCCAGGUGGCCCAGGAGGAUCGAGGUGACAGGAACUGCAGUCCUCAUUGCCUUUCGAGGCACAAUGAGAUGCCUAUGCUGUGUCUAAACGAAGGGAAGACUUUGAAAGAUGGUAUCAUGUUUCAGACUUUGAAAGAUGGUAUCAUGUUUCAGACUUUGAAAGAUGGUAUCAUGUUUCCUUCUUUGGCGCCCGAAGCCAAAAUAGAUAACAAGCCCCCAUGUAAUGCAAACACUGGACUUAGCAUGUGGUCAUAUGACACUGGGAUCAGUGCAAAAAGUAGUCCCUCUACAUCGUGGUUUCGGAAAACCUGCGCGACUCCCAGUCAGCCGCAGUGUGAAGAGAUUCCAGAUCACCCUCCUAAGUCUCGCCCCGAUCUUCAUACAAGCAGUGACUAUAGGUCCUCCGUGACAGAGAGCAGUGGCCCACUUAAAAGUUUCAGUUGUGGCUUUAAGAGGACAACUAGGAAUGAAAAACUGGCAGCAAAGACUGAUGAAUUUAACAGAAUUGUAUUUAGAACAGAUAGAAAUUGUCGGGCAAUACAGCAAAAUCAAAGCUAUUCAGAAUCAUCUGAGGAUCUCAAGCCCUGUGAUACCUUAAUUCCUCAUAUAGGUAACAUAUCAGAAAAUGACAGUGCGUCUGAUAUUCUGAAAACCAGUGCCUACGUGCCUGUGCCCAGAGAAAAUGUGCCUGACAAUCCCACCAAAAUACCCACAAAAGGCCUCGUCAGACAAAUGCAGGAACACAUGAGCCCCAGCAGUUAUCGGAGUGUGCUCCAAGAGCAUGACUGGAGACCCAGUAACUUGUCUGGCCGGCCAAGAUCAGCUGAUCCAAGGUCAAAUUAUGGUGUUGUGGAAAAGCUGCUGAAAACCUAUGAGACGUCAACAGGGUCUGCGUUGCAAAACUCUAAAUGCUUCCAGGAUAACUGGACCAGAUGUAAUUCUGAGGUCAGCGGUGGGCCCGCCUUAAGUCAGCAUUUAGAAGUACUUCAGCUAGAACAAGAGCUUCAGCAAAAGCCAGCUAUGUGUGGAGCACAGCAAGUGAAGCGAGGAGUAGAUUGGAGAAAGAUAACAGAGGAAUCCAUGGCGGUGAAAUCUUCACAUGGAAAAGGGUUUUCCCGACCUGCUAGACCAGCAAAUCGCCGUCUCCCAUCCAGAUGGGCCUCGAGGUCUCCAUCAGCGCCCCCUGCCUUGCGGAGAACUGCCCCCAGCUGUAGCAUUUCUCUGCGAUCCGCAGCAUCGAUGGUCUGAGUCUCUGGCCUGGAUUGCUAGAUGACAAAAGUCCUAAUUGCCAAACAGAGCAUUCCGAGUGUUUACAGCCAAUCCUGUCUCUUCUCUGUCUUUCAAGAUCCCUGGGACAAACAAUUUAAAUCUUAACUUCCCAUCAGUCUUCAGUGUUUUUAAUCUAUGGAAUAAUUAUCUUCCUGUAUUUUGAUUUCUUAGAUCAGAAUUUUUUAAUGCCAUCCUCAUUAAUUUGCCAAUAUGAUUUAAGUUGAAGCAAUGUACUAUACUGUAUAUUCUAACUUUCUUGCAAGCGGCAGAAAGCAAGGUUAUGUGCAUGACCAUGUGUUUGUAGAUGCAUGUGUUGAAAUAGGAAGUAUCCUAGUAUGUAUUUAGAUAAGAAAAACAUAUGUGCUAGUGUUGACUUUGAAAUUAUAACAUGUAUACCUAUGUAUCUUUCUGUUUAUUUAAAAUUUUUGAAAAUAUACGGUACUAUUUAUAUUUUGUAUACCUUUUAAUAGGUAUCCACUUAAGGCUUUUGAGGUACAUAUAUUAACUAACCACUUUCUUGGCCCCAACUACAUUGAAAAAUAAGAAUUAUACACAUUAAUAACAUUUCGUAGAUUUCUAAAUGCAACUCAAAUAGUUUCUUAACUGGUGUAAGAAUGGACUAAUACCAUUGAUCUCCUUGUUUACUCUCUUAAAUAAAUGAAAUUGUCACAGGUUUAAUAGAUCAGGCUUCUAAAGCAAACAUAAAAUGUUCACAAAAUCUUUUGUAUAUCGUUUAGUAGUCUAUUAUGGCUUUAACUGUGUACUUGAUCCCCAGAGCCAUAUCAUAAGACUGCCUUAGAAACAACAGGACUUAAAAAUGAACUUAUUUUGUCAACUUCAGUAAAAAAUAAUCCUUAAAUAGGAUAUGAAAAGAAAUUCAGUUAUGUUGAAUUCUACUUUUUUGUUAAAUUGUAUAGCUUUUAUUUGAAGGCAUAUUUAGAGGUAAGUCAUUUCCUUUUUCUUUUUUCUAACUUUUCCCUAAAAUUAGUAGGUAAAAAACAAAUUCACUUUUUUUUAUUAACAAGGAAGGUUAGAAAUGAUAUUUCAUUGAGAACUGAAUUAUAAUAUAUUUCUUAUAGUGUGCUACGUAAAAAAAGCCUUAAACUAAACUUUGGCAUCCAUGAGUAGCAUAAGGAACAGAAGUGUGUAUUUUGGCCACAGUCUGCAUCCAGUGAGCACAUAAGAUCUAUGUUGAGAACUGAAGGAAGUAUGAAUGUUGAGGUGCUUGGAAUUUUACAUGGUAGAUCUAAGAAGCAACUUUGCUCUCCACUGUCUCUCUAUAAAACCAACUUUGGUAUUAGAUACGAAUUUUAUUUAAGCUUUUCUUUUAUUACCAGAAAGGUUAAGAAAGUCUUGUGACACAAGUAUUCAAAGACCUUCUUCUUAUGAUUAUAUUCUAGCGAUUAAGAGAAAUUCAUUGCAUUAUACAUCAUGACCUGAGGUAAAGUAAAUGAUUUCCAAAUCCCA